AGACUUGGGAGCAGCCCCGCCGGCAGGAUGGAGAGGCAGGGCCGCUACGCCCGGCUCGCCUACCUGGACCUGUGCGCCCGCCCGUCCGCCGCCAGGGGGCGCCCCGCCAGCCCCGCCGCCAGGGGGCGCCCCGCCACCCCCUCCGGCCCGCCGCCCUUCUGCCAGAGCCCGGCGCCAGGGGGCGCCGCCGAGCCGCCUCGGCAGGCCGCCCUUCGACGGCGCCCGUCGCCCCCGUCGAGGGCAGGCCAGGGCACCUCGAGGUCGUCCUCCGCAUCCCCCCCACCGCCCCCGCCGCCUCCGCCCUGCUCCCCUCGGGAAAGCCGGAGCCUGACCGAGGUGGACGGCGGGCCCCGGAGGAGGCAGCUGCCCCGAGGCUGGAGGCCGGACUCGGACGGCGAGGCCGGGGCCAGGCCGCUGCCGCGGAGCUACACCCCGGCCGAGCCGAGGCCGAGGGCCCAGAGGUCGCCACCCCGGGAAGGCCCAUCGCCCCCGGACGCCCUGCUGGGGGACCACGUGCCCGUGGCGACGGGGCCGGGCCCGCUUGACGAGGCCCAGGACGACGACGACGACCACCGCCGCCGCCGCCAGCCGGAGGCCCACGCGGAGGGCGAGCGGCUCCCCGGCCGGGCCCAGAAGGCGCCGGGCCCGGCCGUGUCGGCGCGGGACAGGAAGAUCGUGGCCCUGAUGCUGGCCCGCCACGAGCGGGAGCGGGAGGCGCGGGAGCGGCAGCUGCGGGCGUCCGAGGCCUGGGAGGAGGCCAAGCGCCGGGACCAGCGGGCCCGGGCCCGGCAGCAGCAGCAGCUGCGGCAGCGGGUGGCCCAGAGCGGCCAGCGCUGGCGGCGGGACCGGGAGGAGCGGCGGGACCGGCUCCGCCACGACCAGCAGGACCUGACGGACAGCAGGGCCGAGGACCUGGCCCAGAGGGAGAGCCGGUGGAGGCGGCUGGCCGGCGAGCAGGAAGAAGGCCGCAGGCGGAGGCUGGAGGGGGCCAGGGGGCAGGCCGACCGCCGCAGGAGCGCCCAGCGGCUGCUGCUCGGGGAGAAGGAGGGCCUGGCCCGGGCCCUCCGGGAGCAGGACGGGCUGGCCGCCGAGGAGAGGCGGGAGCUGGCCUGUCGGAAGAGGUCGCAGACCAAGACGGAAGGCGCGAGGAAGAUCCAGGAGGUCAACCGCGCCGCCCUGGUGAGCCACCGGGCCCGCCGGGUCCAGCUGGAAAGCCAGGGCCAGGCCGAGGCCGCCCUGAAGAGGCGGACCCUGGAGCAGAGGUGCCGGCGGGCCGAAGAGAUCCGUCGGCACCUGACGCAGGAGAGGCACCGGGAAAUCCGAGAGAAGGCGGGCAGGGAGGAGGCGCAGCAGCGGCUGGCCAAGACCAGGGCCGAGGAGACGGAGGAGCAGAAGAAGCUGCGCCGCAGGCUGCUGGUGGAGACGAAGGACCAGAAGAUUCAGCAGGCCUCCAGGGUCCUGCAGAAGAACAUCCAGGACCGGGCCCAGAGGGCCAGGGAGGUCAACGGCAUAAGGGAGAAGAACCACUGCUUACUGAAGCAGAUGGCCGAGGAGGAGGAGAAAUGCCACCUGGAGGGAGUCCGAGCGGCCAUCAGAAGGAAGGAGCGGAAGAUGGACCAGAUCUCCAGGGAGAAAGGGGCCGUCGUCGAGGAAUCGCGAAAGGUCGCCAAGGCGUCCCUGCAGAUGAGAGACGGGGUCAGAGCGCUUCACAGCCUUUCCUUCGAUCAGAUGGCUCUAGAGGCUCAACUCAACGCGAGCCUGCAUAAGCCGAGCCAGUGAGGCGCCAGCCCGCCGGCCCUGGCGCCCUGUCGUGCCAUGAGAGGACCCGACGCGUUCAUUCUCUGUGACUGGAAUAUCAACUGGCAUUGAUUAUAUAAAGUGGCUUUUCCCUCUCCCUC